CCAUUUACAUGUCUGGUCUGGUGAUCUCUUCGUUUUCCUACUAAUAUUACUUAAUAAUGAAUCUUCUUGCAAGAACUCUCUCCCGCACACGCGAGAGAGAGUGAGAGAGCACCUACUUCAACAUACUACUUUGGUUGCUUUGAAAUUGUUGGAGAAGUAACCCUGUUUUGUUCUCUCCUUCCAUGGUUUGAGAGCUUACACAGCGACUUCAACAUUUUCUGGGUAUUGAUGAACUUCGCGUUACGGACCCAUUUUAUGAAGAUUAGACAUUUGGGUACCAAAAAUGGAAGCUGCCCAGAAAACCCAUGUUAUUGAUGAGGAGGGAGGUGGUCGCCGGAGCUCCUGUGUUAACGACCGCUCAGAUGAGGAGGAAGAGGAGAAGAGCUCUUCAAGUGAUUCAGGAAGUAGGGAGAUUGUGGGGGUCUCCGAUAAGGAGAGGGGAUCCUCUUCUGCAUCAGAGAUUGAUCUGGAAUGUGGGUUGCCUAAGAUUAAGGUACAUUCGGCAACAGUUGAGAGGGAUUGCAGGAUCUGUCACCUGAGCUUGGAUGCAGAGAAUCAAGAGGAUGGGAUCCCAAUUGAGUUGGGUUGUUCUUGUAAGGAUGAUCUGGCUGCUGCACAUAAACACUGUGCUGAGGCUUGGUUCAAGAUUAAGGGAAACAAAACUUGUGAAAUCUGUGGAUCAACAGCGCGCAAUGUAGCCGGUGCAAGUGAAUCUGAUUCAACAGAGCAGUGGAACGAAGAAAGCGAUGUUACAAUGGCAACUGCAGGAGCUGCUCCAGUCCAUCCAGUUCGUGAGAACCAUAGCUUCUGGCAGGGCCACCGGUUCCUAAAUUUCCUUUUAGCUUGUAUGGUGUUCGCAUUUGUCAUCUCUUGGCUCUUUCACUUCAAUGUGUCCUCAUGAAAUUCCAGCAAGAAGAGUGCUAUAUUUGAUUAAUAUUAAUCAAGAAAAAGCAAGUGAGUCUUAUGGCUCUUAGUAGUUGUGCAUGCAGAGUGAGUUAAUUGAUUCUCUACCUGUAUUCUGUAUAUAUUAUUAUAAAUCAGAUUUUGGACAGGCUGCUUGUAGUUUAUGUCGGAUCCUAUUUCACAGCAUCAAAUAGAAUUUAGUAUUACAGUGAUC